AUGAGUAGCGCGGAGCACCGCCAAGCGGAUGUUCCGCAAAAUGUUACAAAUGAUCGUGAACAACUAGCUGAAAGUCUAAAACAAACAUUCGAAAUAAUGAAUAAACGUUCUUUGUAUGAAGACAAUCAAACCACUAUGCACAAUUUAUCUUCUGAAACCGCUCGAUUUCUUUGGUUUCAAUUAUUUCGAGAUGUUAUAAGAAAACUUCCGGUCACACAAGAAUCUAAAACUGAACUAAUAGAUAAACUAAAGGAAUAUUAUAUUAGUAAUUAUCGACAACUGAUUCGUAUAAAAGAAUUUGAAUUGACGUAUGGAUCCAAAAAUGCUAUUCACUGGUAUACAACAGUUAGUUUUAUAUCCGAUAUUAUUAAUAAAGCACUUCGAACGUCUGAUAUAGAUGCUUUGUAUUCAUUUCGAAAAAAAACAUCGGAACGCGAAGGAAUUGAGCAGAUUCCGAUCUCCGGAUGCGGUCGGGCGUCCAAUCUCCGGAAAUUACCGGAAUUAAAAGGAUCCGGCAGGAUCCGACCGGGUGAAUUCGACCUGGGAACAGCUGAGGGAAAAGACGAACGCAAAGAUUAG